AUGGAUGAAGGAGUUAAAUAUAUCAAAGACUAUGCUUUCUAUUCUAAUUCAAUAACAAGUUUAGUUUUGCCAAGCACAAUCAUAUCUAUUGGAAACUAUGCUUUUGCACAGAUAUCAAAAUUAGUGUCAGUUGAGUUAAAUGAAGGAUUAACCAGUAUUGGAGAUUACUGCUUUUACUAUGCUCAAUUUUCUAACAUUUCUUUCCCAGAUUCACUGAAAACAAUCGGAUCGUAUGCAUUUUCUGAUUGUACAAAACUUACAGAUGCCAUUUUUACAAUAUCCGGAAUGCGAAUCGGUUCAUAUGCAUUUUGUGAUUGCACUUCCCUUAAAAAUGUUAUAUUUAAUGAAACUGUUGCAUCAAUCGGUGGAUAUUGCAUUCAAAACUGUCGGAAACUAGAAAACCUAAUCAUAUGUAAUGGCAUAUCAUCAUUGAACUCUUAUGCUUUUUCAUAUUCAACAAUAUCUAAUGUAUAUUUUAAUGGAUCUGUAACAUCAUUAAGUGAGUAUUGUUUCUAUUCUUCCACACUUACUAAUGUUAAUUUCAAUGACACAAAUCUACGAACAAUUGGAUCCUAUUGUUUUUAUUCAAAUGUAAUAACAAAUAUCUCUUUUCCAGCAACUGUAUCUAGUAUUUAUUCAUACGGAUUUUAUUCCGCAACUAUUGAUUGCUUAAUAUUUUCUGGAGGAACAAUAUCUAUAUCAGAUAGCGGAUUCUGUGGUGCUAGAAUGAAAUAUGUUCAAUUCCCAUAUAUUAGUAGUACAAGUUAUUCAACUUUCGUAUCAGGUUCAAUAACAGAUCUGGUAUUUACAAAUAAUACUAGAACAGUUAUUGAUAGUUUAUUUAAAUAUAGAUAUUCUUCAUCAUAUUAUUCUGGAUUUAGUAUAAGAAAUGUAAUAAUUCAUUCAAAUAUCAAUACAAUCGGAAGUUAUUCAUUUUAUCAUACAGGUAUCUCAAAUUUAACAUUAAGUGAAGGAAACCAAUAUAUCAAUUCAUAUGCUUUUUAUGGAUGCUCUUUCCCUAGUAUAACUAUACCUUAUUCAGUAACAACCCUCGGCUCAUAUUCAUUUGGCUCAACAUCUAUCAAAUACAUUGGAGUAACAAACAGAACAACAUUCGGAACAUAUGUAUUUGCUAGCAGUUCUCUUGAGUCUAUUAAAUUACCUGAAGGUAUGACAACCAUUGGAGAAUAUGCAUUUGCAAAUAGUAAUAUUGUUUUUGUCAGAAUUCCAUCAACGUUGACUUCAAUUGGAAAUUAUGCUUUUGCAUCAAGUCCAAUAGCUAAAUUGUUAUAUUUCAACCAUUCUAUUGAUAUAGGUUCAGGUGCAUUCAAAGGUAGUCAUAUUAGAAAGAUUGAAUUACCAGAAGGAAUAACAAUAGUAAGAGCCGAAACAUUUAUGAAUUCUGCUCUAAUCAAAAUAAAAUUACCAGUAACAUGUAGAUAUAUUGAAAAUCAGGCAUUUAUCAACACAAAUCUUGAGGAAAUCGAGUUUCCACCAAACUUAUAUUCAAUUGGAUCCGAAGCUUUUCGAAGGUCAAAGCUUAAAUAUGUAAUUUUUCCAGAGGGAUUUUAUUCAGUAUCAACAAAUGCAUUUAGAGAUGUUAUUUCAUUAAGGAAUGUAACAGUUUGCAGCACAUUCACAUCGAUUGAAAGUGAAGCAUUUGCCAAUACAUCGAUAACAUCAUUUUACAUUCCUGAUGGGCUUUCCACUAUCAACUCCCAAACAUUCAAAGAUUCAACUCUAUUAAGUAUAAGAAUUCCAUCAUCAUUGAGGUAUAUAUACUCACGAGCAUUUGAAAAUACUCCUUGUGACGAAAUCAUACUCCCAGAAGGUAUGAGGCAAAUAGAUAAUGAAGCAUUUAUGGGCUCAAAUAUUAGAAAUAUCACUAUACCAAGUACAAUGUAUUAUAUUUAUGCCGAUGCAUUUGCAUUCUGCUCACUCGAAACCAUUGAGUUACCAGAGGGAUUUAGAUAUGUUUAUGAUUAUGCAUUCAGAAAUAGUAAUAUUACUAAUGUUACAAUUCCGGCAUCGGUGACAACAUUUAAUACAGGUGCUUUUUACUCCAGCAACGUAAUGAAAAUUAAUUUCACAGGUCCAACAUAUCUUUAUAGUUACUCAUUUGCAUAUACCCCACUAAAAUUUUUGGAAAUUAGAGAAGGAGUUUCAAGUUUAUCUGACUAUGCAUUAGCCUAUACAAACUUUACUGAAGUCAUCUUACCACAAUCAAUGACAUCUAUCGGAAACUAUGCAUUUCAAGGAAGCAAAUUACAAAACAUCACACUUCCUUCAAGAAUGACAUCAAUUGGCUAUAGAUCAUUUGAAAAUAGUGGCAUCGAAUACGUUAAUGUUACAUCAAAUCUCACUUCAAUCUCUGAUUACGCUUUUCAAAAUAGUCAUUUGAGAAAUAUUACAUACACACCAACCCUAAGGUCAUAUGGUGAUUAUGCAUUUGCAGGCACAUGGUUAGAUGACUUUAAUAUUCCAGAUUUAAUUACAACUAUCUCAUAUAGUUUAUUCAGAUAUAGUAAAAUAAGAACAAUUUAUGUUCCUUGGAAGUGUUAG